AUGGCUCCGACGAAUUCCAUGGCGCAUACAAGCAGCCUCACGACUAACACCACCUCUUUAUCCCCUUUCUCCUCCCUCCUACAACUACCCUUGUUCAGUCUCUUCCCAGCAUCGCUCUUGUUCCAGAAACAUCAGCAGCACCUGACUGCCUCACCCCUUUCUGACCAGCCGUCCCCCUCUCCUCUCCUUCCCAACCUCCCUUCCCUCGUCACCACCAUAGCCUGCAUCUCCAUCUCUCUUAUGCUCCUCCUCUUCCACCGCCGCAGCCGCCGCACCCGCUCCUCCUACCCACCCGGCCCCGCGGCCUGGCCAAUCCUCGGCAACAUCCCCUCCCUCGGAACCCUCCCGCACCGCUCCCUCGCAAAGCUAGCCGACAGGUUCGGCCCGAUCUUCACCAUCUGGUUCGGCCCAACCCCGUGCGUGGUCAUUUCCUCCCCGGACCUCGCGCGUGCGGCAUUGAAAGAACAAGACAGGCUGUUCAGCGGCCGCCCGCUGGUCACGUCCACGCGCGUGCUCACUCUGGGCGGCAAGGACGUGGCGUUCGCGCCGCCUGACCAGGCGUGGAAGAAGCGGCGACGUCUGGCGUUCCUACACCUGCUGUCCGCGCGCCAGCUGGCGGCGAGCGCGGCGCUGCGCGAGGAGGAGGUUCAGGCGAUGGUGGAGUCCAUGGCGUUGGAGGUGCAGCGCUGCCAGGAGCCUGCUUCUAGGGCCGGAGGGGCCGGAGGGGCCGGAGGGGCAGGAGGGGCAGGAGGGGCGGAGCCAGGCGGAGUGGGUGGAGGGGGAGGGGGAGGUGGAGGGGGGUGUGUGGUGAACAUGAGGAACUAUUUGGGUCGAGCCACGCUCAACAACAUUCUGCACCUCACUGUCGGUAAGCGGUACCCCUACAGCUUCAGCAGCAGCAGUAGCAGCAGCACCCGCGAGCAUGGCACGGACCACACUGGUGGUGCUUCUGCCAUUCCCUAUGCUGCCAGCGCUUCCAGUGUUACCAAGUCAACCGGGACUACUAGUGCCGGUGCGGCUAGUGCUGGUACUUCUGCUAGUAGCAGCAUUUCACCUUUGGAGCAGGAGGGAGAGAGGGUGGCAGCGAUGGUGGAUGAGGUGUUUCUGGUGGUCGGGGCGUUUAACCUCAGCGACCACUUGCCAUGGCUGCGGUGCACUUUCCUCAUGCUGCCCUUCGGCGGUGGGCGGCGGGGCUGUGCGGGCAUGGCUCUGGGCGUGGACAUGGCUGCUCGCAUGCUCGCUGCUCUCCUGCUCCGCUUCCACAUGGCCGUUCCGCCCGACAGUGCCACUACGGAUGGUACUGGCUCGCUGCUCUCCUGCUCCGCUUCCACAUGGCCGUUCUGCCCGACAGUGCCACUACGGAUGGUACUGGAGGGAUGGAGGGACGAGGAGGAAGAGGGUGUGUGGAGUUGGGGGAGGUGCUUGGACUCACUAUGGCUAUGA